AGAGGACAUGGGGGUGUCUGGUAGGGGUAGUGAACGUGGGAGUGUCUGGUAAGGGUAGAGGACGUGGGAGUGUCUGGUACGGCUAGUGGACGUGGGAGUGUCUGGAGGUGGUGAGGAUCUAGCGAUGCUCCAGAGACACUGUGAGACUGUUGGAUAACUGUCAGUUUUGACAGCGCGUUGGCAACGGUGAUACAUGGAGAUGAAACACAGGAGAACUAUGAGGCAACGCUAUGCUCUAAAACAUGGGAUACUGAAGGAGUUCCUGGCGGAGUUCCUGGGGACUUUUAUCUUGGUUUUGUUUGGCGUUGGGUCUGUUGCUCAGACGGUCCUGAGUCGUAAUGCCAUGGGGGAGACUCUCACCAUCCAUAUAGGCUUCUCUGUAGGACUGAUGAUGGCAGUGUACGUGGCCGGAGGAGUGUCAGGAGCCCAUGUGAACCCUGCUGUCUCCUUGGCCAUGGUGAUCCUGGGAAAACUCAAGUUCUAUAAAUUCCCUGUCUAUGUCAUCGCUCAGUUCCUUGGUGCUUUCUCUGGAGCUGCUGCAGUGUUUGGGCUGUAUUAUGAUGCGUUCAUGGACUUCACCAAUGGGAUUUUAUCAGUGACUGGUAUUAAUGCCACCGGUCACAUCUUUGCCUCUUACCCUGCCAGGUCCCUAACCAUCCUCGGAGGCAUCAUAGACCAGGCAGCGGGAACAGGCAUGCUGGUGUUGUGUAUCCUGGCCAUCAGCGAUGGGAAGAACAUCGGCGCCCCUAGAGGCAUGGAGCCACUGUGCAUCGGCCUGAUCAUCAUGGCUAUCGGAGUGUCCAUGGGGCUGAACUGUGGGUACCCCCUCAACCCUGCCAGGGACCUGGGGCCACGACUCUUUACUGCUGUAGCAGGCUGGGGUUGGGAGGUGUUCAGCACUUCAGACUACUGGUGGUGGGUCCCGGUGGCGGGGCCGAUGAUAGGGGGCGUGGUCGGGGCUCUGGUCUACUUCCUGUUCAUCGAGAUGCAUCACAAACAGCCUGAGAAACCCCACGAGGAGGAAGAGGAAGAGGACGAAGAGGAGGAAGAAGAUCUGGAGGAGGACAGCAGUCUUAAGGACAAAUAUGAGAUGAUUACCAUGAGUUAAAGAGUCAGAGAGAUUCAUUCACUUGUCAAGGACUUUAAAAGAAAAUGUCUGUCUGUCUGGUUCAGAUCAAUGUUACUGUAAAGUCAAUCAGGAGAGGAAUGUCAUGUUGGGAGCCAAAUACACACACACACACACACACACACACACACACACACACACACACACACACACACACACACACACACACACACACACACACACACACACACACACACACACACACACACACACACACACACACACCAAGGACAGGCUUGCUCUCUCAGUGUGCUAAGGUGAAACCCUGUGGUAGAGGGAGUAGAAGAGUUAUAGCCUGUUAUUACACGUCAUAGCCUUUAGUAACCAGACCGGUAUGCUACGUAUGAAUGAACGAUCAGAGUACGGUUUAUAGCCUGUUAUUACAUGUCAUAGCCUUUAGUAACCAGACUGGUGUGCUACUUAUGAGCGACUGAUCACAGUACAAGGCCUUUUAGCCCACUGCUGAUGGGCGCUCCAAUAGUCAGUCUAGAUGGAGAAACUCUGUAGAACAGGUUAUUGUUACUGUUUAAAUAGGUAAAGAUACAGAAUGGUUAGUUCAUAAUGUGCUUAUAUGUAGCAAUCCGCAACACUGGAAAAGUUAUAUUAUGUAUAUAUAAUAUUUCACCCCUUACGAUUCCAUUUGGACUACACCUCUUGUCAGGUUUAUGUAAAUGAGAUUCCAUUUGGACUACACCUCUUGUCAGGUUUAUGUAAAUGAGAUUCCAUUUGGACUACAUCUCUUGUCAGGUUUAUGUAAAUGAGAUUCCAUUUGGACUACACCUCUUGUCAGGUUUAUGUAAAUGAGAUUCCAUUUGGACUACAUCUCUUGUCAGGUUUAUGUAAAUGAGAUUCCAUUUGGACUACACCUCUUGUCAGGUUUAUGUAAAUGAGAUUCCAUUUGGACUACAUCUCUUGUCAGGUUUAUGUAAAUGAGAUUCCAUUUGGACUACACCUCUUGUCAGGUUUAUGUAAAUGAGAUUCCAUUUGGACUACAUCUCUUGUCAGGUUUAUGUAAAUGAGAUUCCAUUUGGACUACACCUCUUGUCAGGUUUAUGUAAAUGAGAUUCCAUUUGGACUACACCUCUUGUCAGGUUUAUGUAAAUGAGAUUCCAUUUGGACUACACCUCUUGUCAGGUUUAUGUAAAUGAGAUUCCAUUUGGACUACACCUCUUGUCAGGUUUAUGUAAAUGAGAUUCCAUUUGGACUACAUCUCUUGUCAGGUUUAUGUAAAUGAGAUUCCAUUUGGACUACACUUCUUGUCAGUUUUAUGUAAAUUAGAUUCCAUUUGGACUACACCUCUUGUCAGUUUUAUGUAAAUGAGAUUCCAUUUGGACUACACUUCUGUCAGGUUUAUGUAAAUGAGAUUCCAUUUGGACUACACCUCUUGUCAGUUUUAUGUAAAUGAGAUUCCAUUUGGACUACACAUGUCAGUUUUAUGUAAAUGAGAUUCCAUUUGCACUACACAUGUCAGUUUUAUGUAAAUGAGAUUCCAUUUGGACUACACAUGUCAGUUUUAUGUAAAUGAGAUUCCAUUUGGACUACACCUGUCAGUUUUAUGUAAAUGAGAUUCCAUUUGGACUACACCUGUCAGUUUUAUGUAAAUGAGAUUCCAUUUGGACUACACAUGUCAGUUUUAUGUAAAUGAGAUUCAUGCAGACAAUUAACCCAGACCCAUUUGAUGACAUGUUUGUUGUUGUAGUAAUGUCUGCGUUGUAAUUGCAGAAGGUAUAGCUUUAAUGUAGGCUUUAGAUUGCAAUUUUGACCAUACACUUCAUACUCACCGAAAGAGACCACGUGCGCCACGUGCGUAUCUAAAGAAACCCUGAGAAAUAACAAAUAUAACAACUACCACUGUUACAAUUCAUGAAUUUCAUGUAUGGCAGUUAUACGUUUUGUUGCCAUUGUAUAAUAUUCAAUUAUUAUGUUUGUUUAUUGUUGUGCUUUUUCUGUUUUUGAUUUUGUAUUGUUGUCAUGGAAAUAGUAUCCAAACUAUUUCAAUGUGACAAAUGUAUUCCUGUUUGUGUAAACAAAUAUUAUUACUUGGAUGCAUAAUAAAAAUUAAUAAAAAA